CAUGCCCAGCCUUCCCCUGCUGCUGCUGCUCUGGGGCGUGGGGGUUCACGUCUUCACAGCGCCUGCUGAAACACGAGAGCGAGAUGCCACGAUGGUCCAGAAAUACCUACAAAAGUACGACAACUUGAAGACUGGAACCAACAAAUCUGGAAGGCAGAGAAACAGCGGUUUAGUGGUUGAGAAGCUGAAGCAAAUGAAGAAAUUCUUUGGGCUGAAGGUGACUGGGCGGCCAGAUGCUGAGACCCUGCACGUGAUGCAGCAGGGCUGGUGUGGGGUGCCCGACGUGGCUCCCUAUGUCCUCACUGAGGGGAACCCUCGAUGGGAACACACACACCUGACCUACAGGAUUGAAAAUUACACACCAGACCUGCCAAGAGCAGAGGUGGACUGUGCCAUUGACAAAGGUUUUCAACUCUGGAGUUAUGCCUCCAUCCUGACCUUCACCAAGCUCUCUGAGGGUCAGGCAGACAUAAUGUUAUCCUUUGGGGAGGUAAAUCAUGGUGAUAAGUCCGACUUUGGCAGAAUCAGAAGCCCGCUUGCUCAUGUGUUCCCACCAGGAAGGGGCAUGGGAGGAGGUGUUCAUUUUGAUGAGGAAAAAACAUGGACUGAUGACUUCAGAAACUACAACUUGUAUUAUGUGGCGGCAUAUGAGUUGGGCCAUUCCCUUGGACUACUCCAUAGUGAUGACAUUGGCUCUUUGAUGUUCCCCAGAUACAUCUACUAUGGUGAUGCCCUGCUGUCUCCGAAGGACAUCGAUGCCAUCCAGGCCAUCUAUGGACCUUCCAAAAAUCCCAUCCAGCCAAAAGAACCGCCAAUCCCACGAGCCUGUGAUAGCAAGUUAACAUUUGAUGCUGUCACCAAAAUUCGUGGAGAAUCAUUCUUCUUUAAAAACAUGUCCUUCCUACGCACAGGUGUCUUCUACGAAACAGUGGAUCCCGAUGUCGUUUCUGACUUAGGUAACGGAGUAGACGCUGCUUAUGAAGUUGCUAGAAGAGAUGAAGUUUUAUUUUUUAAAGGUGGUAAAUACUGGGCCAUCAAGGGGCACCGGGCACUGUAUGGCUAUCCCAGGGACAUCUACAGCUCCUUCGGCUUCCCCCAAAGGGUGAAGAAAAUCGAUGCUGCCGUUCACGAGGAGGAGACUGGGAUGACGUACUUCUUUGUUGCCAGCGAGCAUUGGCGGUAUGAUGAAAACACGCAGUCCAUGGAUGUGGGUUUUCCCAAAGAGAUAACUCAAGACCUUCCCAGAAUUGGCAAAAAAGUUGAUGCUGUCUUCCAAGAUGGAGAUUUCUAUUUCUUUCGUGGAAAAAGGCAGUACAAAUUUGAUCCUAAAACCAAGCAAAUUUUGACUGUCCUGAAAACCAACAGCUGGUUCCACUGCAAAAGUUCUACUGGGCCCUGUCCUAUUGGUGCAUCCACUGCAUUCGCUGAGCUGCUCUUGGUGAGAAAGCUGCGUGGCUUGGCAGCUGGGGGGACAGCCUGUGUGCCGGCCACCCCGUCACCCGGAGACCUGGCCCGGCAGCUGGGGGGGACAGCCUGUGUGAAGCACGUUCAGGCACUGAGUGUUGGCCACUGCGUGACCACGUGUGGCCUCUCAGUGACCUUGUACAACUGCUACCCGCAGCGUGACAUCAAGAAGAUGCUCUUCAGUCCCCGAGGGACAAAACUGCUUCGGGACUCCGUGGCUGCUCCGUGA